AUGCUCUCUCAAUUUUCCAUACGCCAUCUUCCACCUCUCCUCGUGGCAGCAGCCACCACAUUCGGCGGCCUUCUCCCUCUCUUCAAUGCCGAGUACGCCAUCCGAGAGUUCGGCCUACCUCAGCGCGUUGCAGAUUCCAGGUCGGCUCAGUCGGUUAUGAUAACAAGCGCAGCCCGUAUUUCCGCCAUCGGGCAUGCUCUUUUUCUCUUCUAUUUCCAGGGAAAGCUUGUGGAGUUCGAUACGCUUCUGUCCGUCCUGGGCCAUGUGGGUCUCAUCGACGGCUACGUGUGCUGGCGUGAAGGGGUCCCGGGCAAAGGUCUUUUCCGUGCGGUAUCUGGGCUAGUUAUCGCUACUUGGGGGUGGUUGAGGCUGACCUCAAGUGUGUAG